AUGGGCCCACGAAGCCACGGGCGACGGGCAGGGGCGGUACAGAGCACCAACGACAGCAGCGCCCUGAGCAAGAGCUCCCUGGCCGCGCGCGGGUACGUGCACGACGCCUUCGCCGCCCUGCUAGUUCCGGGCACGGCGCGCCGCGCGCCGCUCAUCCACCGCGGUUACUACGUGCGCGCGCGCGCCGUGCGGCACUGCGUGCGCGCCUUUCUGAAACAGACGUGCGCGGCCCCGGGCGCGCCGCGCGCCCAGAUCCUGUCGCUGGGAGCUGGCUCGGACUCGCUGUACUUCCGCCUCAAGGCGGCCGGACGCUUGGCAGGGGCGGCGCUCUGGGAAGUCGACUUUCCAGACGUGGCGCGGUGCAAGGCUGAGAGGAUUCGAAAGUCUCCAGAGCUGCGCGCCCUUGCCGGGCCUGAACGCAGCGCGGACCCCGCCUCCGCCCUGUACUUCCAGAGCCCCGACUACCGCAUCCUGGGCGUCGACCUGCGGCGGCUGCAGCCCCUCGAGCGGACCCUGAGCGCCGCGGGCCUGGACGCGGCCGCGCCCACCCUGCUCCUGGCCGAGGCCGUGCUCACCUACCUGGAGCCGGAGGACGCCGCGGCCCUGGUGGCCUGGGCCGCCCAGCGCUUCCCCGACGCCCUCUUCGUGGUCUACGAGCAGAUGAGGCCGCACGACGCCUUCGGCCAGGUCAUGCAGCGCCAUUUCCGGCAGCUCGGCUCCCCGCUGCACGGCCUGGAGCGCUUCCCCGACGUGGAGGCCCAGCGGCGCCGCUUCCUGGAGGCGGGCUGGGCCGCCUGCUCCGCCGUGGACAUGAACGCCUUCUACCGCCGCUUCCUCCCCUCAGAGGAGCGCAGACGCGCCGAGCAGCUGGAGCCUUUCGACGAGUUUGAGGAGUGGCAUCUCAAGUGCUCCCACUACUUCAUCCUGGCCGCUUCUCGGGGCCACACUCUCUCGCCCACGCGGGUCUUUCCGCCCUCCGACGCCUUUUCUCAGCUGGAUCCCGCUCCGCCUUCGGGGGUCUUCCGGGCCCGGGUAGUCGCCGCGGACCGGCCGGACCAGAGCCUGAACCGCUACGGCCACGCCUCGGUCGCCCUGCGCCGGGACCUGAUUCUCAGCGCGGGAGGCUUCGGAGCGCAGGCGGGGCGGCACUGCAGGGUGCGCAGCCUCCACGCGCUCGCCGCACGCGGCUCCGAAUGGGAAGGCGCCCACAUCUGCGGCCGCGGGGCCGAAGCCGGGUGGGACGGGCGCCUGCAUCACACCAUGACGAGGCUUUCAGACACGCACGUCGUGGUCCUGGGAGGGCGGCUGUCCCCAGUCACUCCGGCCUCGGGGAUCCUCCAGCUUCGCCUUUGUCGGAGUGAGGCUCAGGGCGCCGAGGACCUCGACCUGACCGUAGCAAAGGCUGGCGCAGAAGGAGAAGAUUCCACUCCGGCGUGCUGGCGACAUUCAACAACAGAAGUGUCCUAUGAGAGUCAGAGAUACUUGUUUGUGUAUGGAGGUCGGAGUGUGUUGCAUCCCGUGUUAAGUGGCUGGCAUUUUCUGCACGUGGGAGCAAUGGCGUGGGUCAGCAUCCCCGUAAAGGGGCAGGCGCCUGCGGGCCGCCAUUCUCACAGUGCCUGCAGUUGGCAAGGGGGAGCCCUGAUCGCCGGAGGCCUGGGCCUUUCUGAGGAACCACUGGGCUCCGUGUUCUUUCUGAAACCUACCUCUGGUGGAUUUCUCUGGGAGCCAGUAGAAAUCCAGCCUCCCGUUACCCCAAGGUACUCCCACACAGCGCAUGUGCUCAAUGGAAACCUUCUUCUGGUUGGAGGCGUCUGUAUCCAUUCUUCCUCAGUUCCUGGAGUGACAGUCAUCAAUUUGUCUACAGGAUUGAGCUCUGAGUAUCAGAUUGACUCGACAUGUGUUCCGUGGCCAUUAAUGUUACACAAUCAUACCAGCAUCCUCCUUCCUGAAGAGCAAAAGCUCCUGCUCCUUGGAGGUGGAGGGAACUGUUUUUCUUUUGGCACCUAUUUAAAUCCCCAUGUUGUGACAUUAGACCUUUCAUCCUUAAAGUAGGCACAAUCCUCUUUCUGUGAAUAGUUUUAUAAACAGCUUUGCAUAUAAAUAUGAAAGAUGAUUACUACAAAAGCUGAGUAGCAAACACAAUCUUAUGUUUGGUCAGGACUGGGUUUUGAUACAUUCAGCACCCACUGAAGUAAACAAACAAGAUUUGACUCUAAUAAAUACCAUCGUUCCCAUCUGCCUCUUUUUUGUUUUUCCCCUGAUACCACUAUCUUGUGCAGAAAGUGAAGAUGUUAAAACACCAGCAAGGUGGUACAAAAGUUAAACUUAACUUGGCCUAUCUAAAAAGUGAUCAUACAGUUCUGGAGUAGGAAAUGACAACCUUUAGAUUUUUGUAUUUAGUUUAUUGACUUCUUUUGUAUUUAGUUUAUUUUCUACUCUUAAGUUGAUUAGUCUGUUGAGUUUCCAUGGCUUCUAGCCUAACUUAAAAUUUUAAUAUGUAUAUAUAUUUAAAAUUUGUAUUUGCCAUUGGAUACAGAGACGUGUUGAGAGGAGAGAGGGAGAUAGAGGAAAAGACACUUGAAGCACUGCUUCACCACUCUGAAGCCUUCCCCCUGCAGGUAGGGAGCAGGGGCUUGAACCCUUGAACCAGGAUCCUUGCACACUGCAAUGUGUGCGCUUAACCAGGUGUGUUUAAUUUUUCCCAUUCCCGGGAUUUGUGGUUAGAGAUGGCACUUUGGAAAAAUUUGAUCCUUGGUAAGAAUACAGGUUGAAACUGAAGAAAUAUGGUUUUGACCUCAUUCCUCAUAUAUGAAACCUGAAAUGAACCUAGUUGUAGUUUAAAGUGUUACACACGGGUAGCAAAGAACACUGGGUUAGCUUUAAUAAGACACAUUUUUAAGGGAUGCAGUUCAGCAAUUGGAGCACAGGACUUGGACACAAGAAAUCCUGGGCUUUAUCCCCCAUAUACCAAAUGCCAGAACUUAACAAUAUUCUGGUCUCAAAUACAUGUUUUUAAUUAUUGCAAUUUUAUUUACUAAUGAGAGCACCAAUGCAUCACUGGCACGUGAUGCCAGGGAUCAAACUUGGUACCUUAUGCCUGUGAAUCCAACUCUUCGUGCACUGCACCAGCUCUUGGGCCACAAACCUCUAGCAAAAAAAGGGAAAGCGAAAAACAUUUGUAGCACUAUUGAAGAACUGGGAAAAACACAGCAUCUUUAGUGCUGCUGACAUAAGUUGGCUCUAUUCUCAAUAAUUGAUAAACCCAGAACAAUAGGUUCAUGCCAUACUGCAAACAGACUUCCCUCUCUGAAGGCAAACCUCAGAGAGAAUGAACUUGACAUCUACAGGCAAGCCACAGAUGCCUACCUGUUCUGGGGAAGGUCCUUAAGAGCAGAAACAGGGUGGAUCAUAAGCAUAAGUUACAAGAUUUAACUAAAAACGUUAUAAUUAAAGGUCUCUUCAUGCUUUUUUGUCACAGUCUUGCUCUGUAUAAGCUGUAGCAAAAUCCAGUAAAUGUUGGUCCUCCACUGACAUUUGUGUUCAUUCCUGUGGCUCCUCCCUCAUCAAGCCCAGAAACAGAACAUACCUACAAAUAACAUGUUCUGUUGCGUGUUUUGUUUUUGUCACUGCUUCAUAUUUAUUUGGAUUUAUAAAGGUCAAUAAACCAAAUGCUUGCUGCCUUGACUCAA